UGUUUUGUGGACUUGGAGAAGGCGUUCGACCGUGUCCCUCGGGAGGUCCUGUGGGGGGUGCUUUGGGAGUACGGGGUACCGAGCCAAUAUUUGACAAUAACACACCAUCAAGUAUUGCACCAUCGCAUCAAACGAUGUGUCGUCCAUUAUGAAUUUUACUGAACCAGUGUGUUGGGCAGGAUGGCUGAAUGCGAUGCGCGAUUGACAACAAACAAGAAGAAAGGUGAGUUCAAGUUUUAUUUCGAGGGAUAUUUUCUUCAAGAAUUGUUGUACCCAUGUAUAAUGCGCACCCCAGAUUUUAGGACAAUAAAUUAUUUAAAAUUUGCGCAUUAUACAUGGAAAAAGACAGUAUAUGGUUUAAUGGAGCAGCUCACAAGCGACGGGAUGUGGGAAGAAAUCGGAGUGCCCGGAGAAAACCAACGCAGGCAGGCGGAGAACAUGCAAACUCCAAACAGGGAGGGCCGGAAUCGAACCCUAACCUGUGAGGUGGACGUGCUAACCAGUACUCCACUGUGCUGCCCAAAUCAGCAAUUGUUUUUCCAUUUUAAGCAUCUGCUUCCAAACACAAUAUCCAAUGAGCAAAACAGACACAAACCUUACUGUAGCCUAUUAACUUCCAUUUGGUGCAACGUGGAAUAUAUCAAACUAUACCUUUAAUAAAUUUCAUUUGCUUGCUCUUCAGUAACAAGAUUUGUAUAAAAGACUAUCCCAGAGCAUUCCAACUAUUCAUUCAGUCUACCUCAACAAGCAGAGGAAGACUUUGGGCCAACUUGGCAACCUUGAUGAAUCCUCGCUCCCUUUGACACAGAGUAAGGAGCUCGUCUUAUAAAACUAGCGAAGGAAGCACUGCAUCCUCUCAGACAGCACUCCAACCUGACAGCAACAUCAGCGGAGCACAAAGGCACAAUCAUGUCACUGCUGGAGGUGCUCACCAUCGGCCACACGGUGCCUUACCUAUUGUCAGACACAGUUGCUUUACUGCUUUUUCUGUUGUUACUGCUUCUCACCGCCUGGGAAUGGACACACAGGUCAAACAUACCAGGAAACAAAACCAACAACAGGACUGACCGACAAAGUCGUGGAACAAAAAGACAGGGUCCGUCUUUUAUGGCAGGACUCGGUCCGGUUCUUUCCUAUGCUCGGUUUAUCUGGACGGGCAUUGGAACGGCGAGCAACUACUAUAACAACAAAUACGGCAGCAUUGUACGGGUGUGGAUUGACAGUGAGGAGACCCUUAUCAUCAGCAGGCAAGUUCCAAUGAUUAAAAAAAAAAAAAGUGCACGAUUGCGCAAUCACUCAAAGUUCUCUCCCAGGUCCUCUGCGGUUUAUCAUGUCCUGAGGAGCGAUCACUACGUGGCCCGAUUUGGGAGUAGAAACGGCUUGGCAUGUAUUGGGAUGGAAAGGAGGGGGAUCAUUUUUAACAGCGAUGUGGAACUCUGGAAAAAAGUCAGGAGUUAUUUUUUGAAAGCCCUGUCAGGACCAGGACUUACGAGGACAGCAUCAAUCUGUAUGAAUUCCACAGCAGAACAUUUGGAUCACCUCCAGGACAUGACAGACCAGUCGGGACACGUGGAUGCUCUCAAUCUGCUUAGAGCCAUCGUGGUGGACAUUGCUAACAAACUGUUCCUCAGGGUGCCACUCAAUGAGACGGACUUGCUGCUGAAAAUCCAUAACUAUUUCAAGACUUGGCAAGCGGUUCUAAUCAAGCCGAAUAUAUUCUUCAAAAUUGGAUGGCUGUACAAUAAACAUAAAAAAGCAGCCCAGGAGCUUCAAGACGCAAUGGAGAUGCUUCUUGAUUUCAAAAGAAAGACCAUUCGAGAAUCCGAGAAGCUGGAUGACGAGCUUGACUUUGCAACUGAGCUUAUUUUUGCUCAGAACCACGGUGAGCUGUCUGGCGACGACGUGAGGCAGUGCGUGCUGGAGAUGGUGAUUGCUGCUCCUGACACUCUUUCUAUAAGCAUCUUCUUCAUGCUGAUGCUGCUCAAACAGAACCCAGACACCGAGCACAGCCUGGUAGAGGAGAUGGACGCCGUCAUCAGUAAAAGUGGAGCAGAAAAUGUGGAUUACGAGCAUCUAAAGGUACUGGAGAUUUUCAUCAAUGAGUCACUGAGGUAUCACCCAGUGGUUGACUUCACCAUGCGCAAAGCUCUGGAAGAUGACAUCAUUGAAGGCAUCAGUGUUAAAAAAGGAACAAACAUCAUUCUCAACAUUGGUCUCAUGCAUAAGACGGAAUUUUUUCCAAAACCCAAAGAGUUCAAUCUCCACAAUUUUGAUAAAACGGUUCCCAAACGUUUCUUCCAGCCGUUCGGAUGCGGGCCUCGCUCCUGCGUGGGCAAGCACAUCGCCAUGGUGAUGAUGAAGGCUGUCCUGGUGACUCUCCUGUCUCGUUUCAGCGUGUGUCCGCGCCAAGGUUGCACCGUCAACAGCAUCAGGCAGACCAACGACCUGUCGCAGCAGCCGGUGGAAGAUGAGCACAGCCUGACCAUGCGCUUCAUCCCGAGAACAACGCAACGUGCUUAUGCUCUCCACACCAACACCGUUGGUUCAGAUUACUUAGUUGCAUUGUCUGAAAAAAAGUGAUUUGAAGGGCAUAUUGGCAAAAUUUGUAAUCAUAAGCUUUUACAAACAAAUGGUACGGUCUGGAAAAGGGAACAAUAGUAAACCGCAUCACCUACUAUACUUGUUGUUUUAAGUUGUAAUAACAGCAUUCACCACUAGAUGGCAGAACUCAUUUAGCAGCACGUGUUCAUCUUUAGAGACAAAAGGUGAAGAGUUGAUUGUCAGCCAUAACUGAUUUUGUGUCAUUUCAGACUAUAUGACUAGACUAACAAUGCAGCUUACUCGUCGUCGUGAGAAAUACAGCCACUGGCGGCCAUCUUGCGUGGCCCCUUGCUAAGUGCACCUAACUUGAAUACAUUGAUUGCUCCGCAGCAUUUUUACAUUAGUUUUGGUCUCUACGGCAAAAAUGUCAGUAUAUGGGAUACAGUCAAAUGAUGAUGACAUUAGUAUCAUGUUGGACAUGAUGAAUUUAUUGAAAGUUAGUCUAUUUGCAUCAAUCUGAACUACCACUUCCUUCUGCACCACAGGCACAAAUCAAACUUGGCUUUAGGACAUAAGGCUUUGGGUUUAUGUUUCGCUUUGGACACUUCAAAAGCAACAACAAUCAAAUAAUAUUUUCCCUCUGUUUGUACUAAAUUAAAAAGGCUGACUGGAUCUGGCACGAUGCAAAUUAACAAAUCACGAAAGUUUCUUUUCAUUUUGAAUUAAACUAAUCUAAAAAAAAAAUUCAGCGAGCAUAUAAAAGCAAUAAAUAUGUUUCUUUAA